GUCCGUCAUCGUCAAGCACUAUGGGUAAAGUUCACGGAUCUCUCGCGCGUGCCGGUAAGGUCAAGUCGCAAACACCAAAGGUUGAUAAGCAGGAGAAGAAGAAAACGCCAAAGGGCCGUGCUAAGAAGCGCAUCUUGUACAACCGCAGAUUCGUGAACGUAACAACGCUCCCUGGAGGCAAGCGGAGAAUGAACCCCAACCCCGAGAAAUAAACGCACUCGAGAGGCAUUCUCUCCCUCGGCUAGAGGGCCACCGGACUACUGUCACGAUAGAAGUGGAGGACAGGAGGGCCCACCAAUCAUCAUUUCACAAUACUCGCAUCUUUUUAGUAUCUCGUCUCCCUUUCCCUUGGGUUGCAAGUGCAGCGCUUUUCUGCAUUUCAAUCCCUCCCACUCGUCGUUGGAUUUUAGCUUCGGUUGAGCAUUCACUCGGCAAAAAUUGUAAUUCCUGCAUCAUUUUUAUGCUACGAUAUGCGCUAUGUCCAAUCCAACACCACGGCAGUUGUAAAAUGGGCGCUGUACGUUCGGUUUUGAGUGAGGGAACUUGAAUUCAAAAUCCAGAUACCCGAAAAA